CUUCAAGUGGAUUACGACUUAUGCCGACCCUAUGAAUCAGCGACAUCCAAGAGCAUGUGUCAUGAACCACCCUGUUCAGAUCUUCAUACUAAAGGCAUCGAAAUCUACUGGGUGAAAAUUGAUUGCCAUGUCACUUCCCGAUUUUCCCGCAACGUCAUCACCAGUCGAGCUGUAAAUCGUGCCAAUGUGUCCAAAGAAGCCUUCUUUGAUGUGGAGCUUCCUAAAACAGUCUUCAUUACCAACUUUACCAUGACUAUUGAUGGUGUCACCUAUCCUGGAAACAUCAAGGAAAAAGAAGUUGCCCAAAAACAGUAUCAACAGGCAGUUUCCAGUGGGAAGACUGCAGGUCUUGUAAAGGCCUCUGGAAGAAAGACUGAAAAAUUCAGUGUUUCAGUCAAUAUUGCAGCAGCCACCAAAGUCACUUUUGAGUUGACCUAUGAGGAGCUGUUGAAGUGAACCUUGGGAAGAUAUGAGUUGUUCAUAAAACUAAACACAAAACAGCUUGUCAAUACAUUUGAGAUUGAGGCAAACAUCUUUGAGCCCCAAGGUAUCAGUGAUCUUGAAGUAGAGGGAACAUUCAUCACUAAUGACUUGCUGCCAGUUGUUAAGAAGUCUUUCUCAGGAAAAAAGGAUUAUGUGUCAUUCAGUCCUACUCUUGAUCAACAACGAACCUGUGAGAAUUGUGCAACCUCCCUCUUGCAAGGAGAUUUUGUCAUAAAGUAUGAUGUCAACAGAGUUUCUCCUAGUAACUUACAGAUUGUCAAUGGGUACUUUGUACACUUUUUUGCCCCCCAAAAUAUUGCACAUCUGCCUAAGAAUGUUGCUUUUGUAAUAGAUGUCAGUGGCUCCAUGGGGGGACGGAAAAUGCAACAGGCAAAAGCAGCACUGAUAAAAAUAGUUGAAGAUUUAAAGGAAGAUGAUCACUUUAAUAUCAUACUGUUUGAAACUUUAGUUUCUAAAUGGAAAGAUAACUUAAUUAAAGCCACUCCUGGAAAUGUGAGUGAAGCAAAGACAUUUAUUGAGAGCAUUAAUAGCAUGGGAGGUACAAAUCUUAAUGGUGGUUUAAUGACUGGAAUUAAGAUGCUGAAUGACGCUCAUGAAUCAAAUUCUGUGCCUGAAAGAAGUGCUUCUUUAGUUAUCAUGUUAACAGAUGGUGAGGCCAAUGUGGGCGUAUCAAACCCAUACAUGAUUCAGGAAAAUUCUAAAAAUGCAACUCAAGGAAAAUACCCCUUGUACAAUCUUGGUUUUGGUUACAAUGUAGACUACGCAUUUUUAGAAAGGUUGGCCACUGAGAACAAUGGUGUGGCUCGUCGCAUCUAUGAAGACUCUGAUUCAGCCUUACAAUUACAGGGUUUUUAUGACGAAGUAGCCAAUCCCUUGCUUACUGAGGUAGCAUUAGAAUACCCUGAAAAUGCAAUUUCUGACUUGACUCAAAACAGUUUUAAACACUACUAUGAUGGUUCUGAAAUUGUUGUGGUUGGACGAAUUGCAGACAACGACCUGAAUAGUAUCUCUGCAGAGGUGAAAGCUCAUGGUGCACUUGAAGAUCUGAUGUUUACUGAACAAGCAGAUGUUGAUGAAACAGCUAAAGCUCUCGAAGAGCAGAAGUACAUAUUUGGAGAUUAUAUUGAGAGACUUUGGGCUUACCUCACCAUUCAGCAACUUCUGUAUAAACGCUCAAUAGCAAAGGGAGAUGAAAAGACAAAUCUUACUGCUCAAGCUCUGGAAAUGUCUUUGAAAUAUAAAUUUGUCACUCCGUUGACGUCCAUGGUGGUCACAAAGCCCGAAGAUGAUGAGGAUGUUGCUGACAAACCGAUAGAAGGUACACAUAUUUUGUUUCCCACAAAAAGUCAGUCCUUCCCAUCUAGUCAGUAUAGCAGUCCAUCGACUCCUUACCAUUACGUUAGCGUUGAUGGAGAUCCACACUUCAUUAUAGCAGUGCCUGAGAGAGAAGAUGCCCUUUGUUUCAAUAUUAAUGAAGAACCAGGGACUGUGUUAAAUUUAAUAAAUGAUCCAGUUACAGGUACUGUAGUCAAUGGGCAGCUUAUUGGUGAUAAGAAGAGCAGCAAUGAUGCAGGACCACCAAAUACAUAUUUUGGAAGACUUGGGAUUAUAAAUAUGCAUCAGAAUUUAAGACUAGAAAUAACAACUGAAGAAAUUAUCCUUCAGAAUGGUAAAGAACGGACAGUAUUCAGCUGGCGUGAUGAAGUCAUCUUACAACAACCCAGUUUGACUCUAAUAAUCAAAUGGAAAAGGAGUCUGGAGGUCUCACUGGACAAUGGGGUAAAAUUUGUUAUUGUGCUGCAUCAGGUGUGGAGAAAACAUCCCCUACACCAAGAUUUCAUAGGAUUUUACACGCUGGAUGCUCACAGGCUGUCUGAGCAAACUCAUGGCUUAUUAGGACAAUUUUUCCACUCAAUUGACUUUAACAUACUUGAAGUCCAUCCUGGGUCUGAUCCAGAGAAACCAGAUGCCACCAUGAAUGUGAAAAAUAGCUCGCUGAUAGUAACCAGGGGAUGGCAGAAGGAUUAUAUAGAUGAUCCCCGACAUGCCAUUGAUGUCCCUUGCUGGUUUAUUCACAACAAUGGGGAAGGCCUCAUCGAUGGCAGCCACACAGACUACAUCGUUCCUAGUUUAUUCUGAUGUAAUGACAUCAGUAUCUGUGAAAAUAAUUGUUCCAUAUGAUAUUCUCGAAUGGCAACUAUAACAUAGGAAAGUUCAUAUUCCUGCUACCAACACCAUUUGAGAAAAAUGUGUUUAUGACCUGUCCUGUUCCUCAGUGUAAAAAAAGUUAUCACCACAAUUUGGAUGUGAAAUUUACUUCAUUUAUUUUUACAAGAAAAUAAAUGCAUGCUAUACUUAAAUUUUAAUUUCAGAA